AUGCUGCUGAUAGUGGUCGUACCCCAGCAGCAGUCCAUCGUCAUGUACAUGGAACGCCAUGUUCUGCUUCACGAGAUAUAUGUUGAGCUACCGGUGCAUGGAUUCGACUUGCUCUCCAGCGGCAGCAAUGGCUCCUUUGACUCGGUGCAGAUGCUACGUAUCAGCAUCGUAGUUAGCAGAAAUGGUGGCAAGAGCACGAUCAACACCGUAUUCUUCGAUCUCUGCUGUCAUGAGAUCCAGGGCAGACAGAUAGAUAAAGUGUUUCCUUUCAAAUCGGACCUUGCGAAGCAGGCCGGUAGGUUGCGGCUGUGGUGGUGCAAUGUUGCUCGUGAUAACAUUCGCAGCCUGGAGCACUUGCACUUGAGCGAGAUUUCCGUUGCACGUGCCACACCCAAACAUGCCGUGAUCGUGACCGUGACAGCGUGCGCACAGCCUGUGGCGCUUGUCGCUUCCCGUGCUGCUGCACCGCCAAAACUCGUCGGCAGGCUGGCCGUUGCAAGUGACACAAGAAUCGCAGCCUUGUCCAUCACAGGCAGGGCAGGCGUAUUCGACACAGUAAUCGGGCAGCUCAUAGUUGCGGCGGACCUUGCUCUUCGCGUCAUGGACCAUCUAGAUGGGUGCGGUGGAAGCGCACCGUUAGAGGAGGCGGUGCUGCUGCUCCCAUCUUUAACAGAACCGAUGCGCUUCCAGCUGGUAGAAUGGCUCUCCAUGGUCACCAUCGACUUGACCAGGGCAAGUUUGAGUCUGGUCUUGAAGCUGACUUAA